UUGUAAUUGGAUUUAACCACAAUUAUUGAAUAACCCAGAAAGCUUUUGUGAUGUAUUAUCAAUUACCUAAUUACCAAUCAACAGAUAUUAAAAUGGAGAGAACUAAACCUACAAAAGAAAACUAUAUUAAACGACUAGAACGCCACGUUUUUAUACCAAAAUUCAACAAAUAUCAUAUAAUAGCAAGCAACAGUUCAUCGGGACAAGAAAGAUGCGGGAUAAGACACCCACGUUUAAUAGACCCUCAUCUAAUCCACUUGGAAAAGAACAUUUAUGAACCUGGUUAUAAGGAAUUUCCCAUGAACAGCAUUUGGAAAGUUUUGCAGAAACUAAGAACUAUAAGAGGAUACAGAAAAGUCGUAUUGGAAGAUUUAUUUGAACCGCUGGAUCCACGGGCAACUGGAAAACUAUCCUCUCAUGUAUUUAAGGCCGCCCUGAUGGGAAACAUUGAUUAUCAGCCUAUAUUAACGAAGCUAGACAUAGAACAAAUCGCAUACUACUAUACAGAUAAAGACACCGAUUGCGUUGACUACCGAUCCUUUAUCGACUUCGUUAACCAACCAGAGCCAAAAGGGAUUGAUUGCACUCGUGUGGAAAUUGAUACAGCUUUAACACCGCGUUACCACGGCACAUCAGCGAACAACGUCGAACUAGAAACAUUACAAUCCGUUCUGGAAUAUAUCGCAAAAGUAUUGCUGUACAAGAAGUUACAUAUAGACGCUUACUUACGAGAAGAUGAGUCAGUAAUGAAAAGCAGAUUCAUAUCAAUGACACACCUCAAGAAAAUAUUUAUACAUAUAGGAAUUUUUCUGGAUGACGAUCAGUUCAGCAUGAUAUGUAAAUGGUUCGGUCGAAACGGCAUUCAAAUCGACGCUUGCGUUUUCUUAACCCACUUGAAUAAUGCCAUUACUCGCGUUUGUAAAUCUGGGAGUUACGACCCGAAAAAAAUGGCAAAAAAAGUGGGGAAGAGAUACAUUAACACAUGCUUUCCUAAAAUAAUUCAUCCAGAUGUGAAUGCCGAUGAAAUACAUGACUUCUUCCAACAAGGCAAAAGCACCCAUGGAUCACAGGAACGUUGGUUCGAAAGAUGUGAGGACUUCACUGACCUUAUUACAAGACUACAAAGAUCCAUUCACAUAAACCAAAUUAUAGCAAGACCUCGAUUCCAACAAUUCGAUAAUCUCAAUUCCGGCCGGAUAACAGUGCCCCAAUUCACAAGGGCCCUUGACCUGUGUGAAAUUAAUACCAAUGGUAAAACAAGAAUAUUUAUAUCACCACUUGAAAUGCAAAAACUAAUAGAAGUGUAUUCUGAAAGCUACGAACCAGGCUAUGUUAUGUGGAGACUAUUUGUUAAUGAUAUUGAAUCAGGAAACUGCAUACGAGAUCUCCAUAGAAAGCCAUCAGCAAAUGUCAGCGAUCAUGAACCAAUGGGUCCUCGAAAAGAAGUACUCGACCUAGAGUGCAAAUAUUCCAGAAGGAAAGAAAUGACUUUGAUAGAACACCGCAGGGCAGAGCGUAUUCUGGAAUAUGUAAGACAACAACUUCGAGAUUGUGAACUAUACCAGUUUUUCCGUGCUUUCGACAAGGAGAACCGAAGGCAUAUAACAAGAAAUCAAUUUCGGGAAAUUAUGCGAAUAAGUAAUGUUUUACUAAGAGAACAAGAUGUUUACGACCUGGAAUUAUAUUUUGUAGACUACUACGGAUUUUGUUACAUGUUCUUCCUCCAAGUUUUCGGCAUAAUUACUCCGCCACCAAGAUUGGUACCCACUGAGGACAUAAACAAAUAUCGAAAAGUGGCUUCAACAUCUGGUUAUGCACCAUACGAAGCAGAAGGUACUACUGGAGUAGAAGUCUUAACCAAGAUCAGACACACCGUAUUUCAGAGGAGUUUAAGACUGAAAUAUUUUUUUGAAACUUUCGAUAGAUUCAACACAGGAGUAAUGGACGAAAAUACCUUUCUCCGAGCACUUUCAUCAGCCCAUAAUUGGGCAUUCACGUAUUCAGAGUACAAGAAACUUAUGGCAAUGUUCCGAAGGCCGUUAGCAGAAAACGACAUUGAGUACAAAAAAUUUCUAAGUGCUCUUGACGAAUUGUACACACAGCCUUGUCUAGAGCAAUCACCGCUUGUGAAACCAGUUCCAUACCAAGGAUGGAAAGAUCAUGUGCAAGAGCUCACGCUCAAAGAAAGGACCGAACUCGGAAAAGCCAUACACAAGAUUGUCCACAAGGGCUUGUGCUUGGAUCAUUUAGUUGCCUUUAAGGACAUGGAUAUAUAUCAUUGCUCUACUAUACCUUACGAUAAAUACAUACAAGGAAUGGAAACCGCUGGGGUACGAAAAUAUUUAUCGCUACGUGAACAGAAGUUGAUUUUUAAAGCUUUUACUCGACCUGUUUACCAUAGGACUGAGUUUGACUACACUCGGUUUUUGAAGGCAUGUCAUCACGUAUGCCCCAUGCCUGUAGUCUAUCUAUAAAAUUAAAAUUACUAUAUUGCUAUACAGUUUAUAGUCUAUUCGGCAAACAUGGCUAAAUUUUUUUUCAAAUAAAAAUUCUUUUAAAUAUAAUUUGACUGUUUU